AUGGUCCGUCAGUUGGAACAUCGCCCGUGGAAGGUGCAUGUGGAUGUUGCUUCCAGCGCCAAAGGGAUCGGAGCCGGGAUUGUCAUAAUUACCCUGGAGGGUAUUCUCUUGGAGCAUUCGUUCAGAUUGGGGUUUAACGCCUCCAACAACGAGGUAGAGUAUGACGCUUUGCUUACCGGAUUGAGGGCAGUUUCAAGGUUAGAAGCCCGGGAUGUGGAAGUUUAUUCGGAUUCACGACUUAUAGUAAACCAGGUGCAGGGAAGUUUUGAGGCUCGAGAUCCUCGAAUGAAAGCGUACUUAGAAUUGGUAAAGCAGACCAUAAGUAACUUUUGUACGGUGAAGGUGAUCCAAGUGGCCCAAGCACAGAACAGCCAUGCCGACUCUCUCGCCACAUUGGCAUCGUUAAUUACCGAGGAGAUUCCCCUACUAAUCAGAGUGGAACUUGUCCCCGAGCCAAGCAUUAAGGUGGCAGGAGAUGAAGGGGCUGCAAGGGUCGAAGUCACAACAGUCGCAACACUUGGACCGAGCUGGAUGGAUCCCAUCAUUGAUUUCUUAGCCGACGACCAAAUCCCGGACGAUGAGAAGGAAGCCAACAAGAUUCGCAGGGUAGUUACCCGGUAUUGGUUGUCCAAAGACUGGAAGCUCUAUCGCAGGUCAUUCGGGGGACCAUAUCUUUUAUGCUUACACCCAGAGAAAGUAGGCCAACUCCUGACCGAGCUGCAUGAAGGGGUAUGCGGUAGCCAUGUAGGGGGACGAUCAUUAGCACAUCGAGCAAUGACUCAAGGAUUCUGGUGGCCCCAAAUGCAGAAGGACACCGCGGAAUAUGUUCGAAAGUGUGAGCAAUGUCAGAAGCAUGCCCCUCUGAUACACCAGCCUACCGGCCAUUUGAACCCGAUUAGUAGUCCUUGGCCCUUUGCACAAUGGGGGCUGGAUAUACUCGGACCAUUUCCCUGUGCAACGGGUAAUCGAAGAUUCGUUUUGGUAGCCGUCGAUUACUUCACCAAAUGGGCAAAGGCGGAGGCUCUGGCUAACAUCCGGGACAUGGAUGUGAAGAAAUUCGUAUGGAAGAAUAUAAUCACCAAGUUUGGGGUUCCGGACUCCCUUAUAUUGGAUAAUGGACUGCAGUUUAACAGCCGAGCUUUCCGCGAAUUUUGCAGCAACCUCGGUAUCAGGGACAGGUAUUCCUCUCCAGCAUAUCCCUAG